AGGAUUGCGAGACGCGCCCGCCAACGAAGCCUGCUUCUUGCAACACGGGAAAACGCGGUCGUUGCCCCCCAGUCCCGCUCCCGUGCACCAACGGCGACGGAACGGACCGCGCCACGGCCGCGCCUUGCCUAUAUGGCGACCGACUGCUGCGCUGCACCAGCUGGAGAUUAGCAGCGCAAAGCAGGGACCACCACCGCUAACGCAAACGAGGUCGCCAUCACCAUGGACGGCUCACAGGAGGCGGAGGACGAGGAGUGCGUCCAUCCACGCGUCAUCAUUCACAUCGACAUGGACUACUUCUACGCCCAGGUGGAGGAGGUACUGAAUCCGUCGCUCAAAGAUCGCCCGUUUGCCGUGAAGCAGCGGUUCUGCGUCGUUACGUCGAACUACAUCGCCCGCGACCUCGGCAUUCGAAAGCUGCAGCCAGUGAAGGAAGCGCUCGCCCUCUGCCCCGAGCUGGUACUGGUGAACGGAGAGGAUCUGACCAAGUAUAAGGCAAUGUCACAGCGGAUUAAUGAGAUCAUGCACCGGUUUACGCCGCACGUCGAGAAGCUGGGACUCGACGAGAACUACCUGGACGUGACCGAGCUGACUACGGAGCGGCUGGAGCAGCUGGACGGUGGUGAAUCAUCGAUCAGCAAUGCGAACGCGCAGGCGGAACGCGUCGUCGGUUUGAUCCAUCCACCGCCCGACGACCGACAGCGCGCGGAGUGUUCCGACCGGGAACUGUUUCGAUCCUGCUGUCUCUGCGGCUGUGAUCGCCGACUGAUCCUCGCUACACACGUUGCGAAGGAAAUCCGGGAGUGCAUCUUCCGCGAGCUUGGUCUACGGUGCUGUGCCGGCAUUGCACACAACAAGCUGCUGGCCAAGCUGGUGGGAUCGAUGAACAAACCGGACAAACAAACGGUUUUGCUACCAACGGCCAGCAGUAGCUUUGUCGCUUCGCUCGGUUCCGUUCGAUCGCUCACCGGGAUUGGCGAGAAGACGGCCCAGACGCUAGCGGAAUGCUGCAACGUUGCCACGGUUACCGAUUUGCAGCAGAUCGAGUUGGAGCGGCUAGCGCGUCACGUAGGCCAUGAGCAAGCCGUCCGUCUGAAGCAGAUCGCACUUGGGCGCGAUGACACACCGGUACGGCAAACGGGCAAACCGAAAUCCGUUGGCCUCGAGGACUCCUGUCCUGCGAUCUCGGUUCGGGCCGAUGCGGAGGAAAAGUUUCGGCAUCUGUUGGUGCGGUUAGUGAAAAACAUUGCCGACGAUGGGCGAGUACCGAUCGCCAUCAAGGUGACGGUCCGGAAGUAUGACUCCACCAAGCGCACCACUCACCGUGAAUCGAAACAGGACAAGCUGCUCCCAUCGCUGUUUCGACACACCGGCGGUAAGCUCGUGCUGGCCGACGGGGCCCAGGAGAAGCUGUUGGCGAUUGUGAUGCGCGUGUUCGAGCGAAUGGUCGAUCUGCGGCAACCGUUCAACAUCACGCUGCUGGGCUUAUCGUUUUUCAAGUUCCAGGAGCGACGCGUAGGGAGCAAAUCCAUCGCCAACUUUCUCAUCAAAAAGUCUGACAUCGAGGUACAGUCCAUCACAAACCUGAGCAAUGAAUCGAUCACCCUGAGCGAGACCAGCUUUUGCUCGAACAAAUCGCUGACGGCGAUGGACUGUGAGCCGUGUGGUGCCGGUGGUUCGUCCGAUGCCGGUUCACUUGCGUCCCUGUCCGGGUCCGAGUCGGACGUGGAACCGUCGCCCAAAAAAUCACGCCGCUUUCUGUACCGUAGCUACCGAGGGAGCAGUGAAAAUGCGACCGGGCAGCAGACUCGCCGGGAGGAUGAGGCAACGCUCAGCAAGCUACGGGUGGCCGAUCUUCGUUUGAGUUCCAAAGACAACGACCACGAAACGCCACAAGGAACGGGAGCGAAACCAGUAGCGCAUGGAAAUAGCUCCAUCGUCACGCGGCAUGCUGUUUCCCCGAUGGAGAUCUCUUCGAGUGUUCCCAGCGCGGCGGCUCCGCGUCCACCACAAUCAGCGCCACCGAAGGAGUCAUUCUUCCGUCAUCAUUUGCCGCAGGAAGCGCAACCGUCCACUUCCUGUUCCACGUUUACCAGUGACCCAGCGGCCACGGUUAACCACAGCGAAAGUACAAAUUUGCUCCCGCCGAACGUUGACCGUGAAGUGUUCCAUGCCCUGCCGGCCGAUGUCCAACAGGAACUGCUUGGCAACUGGCGGCGGGCCAUGGAGUUGACGGCUUCCUGUAGCACCGGUAACAGCACCAUCAACCCUAGCUCUACCGUCGGGGCGCAUGUUAGCGUUAGUCCCGGAAGCACUGUUACGGCUAGUGUUGGUGGUGCCGGUGUGUCCACCGUACCCGCGAGCAGUCCCCCCGGUGCAGCGCAAGCCUCAAGCGCAAAGGCUAAAAACACUCUUCAUCGCUAUUUCGUUAAAAACACGUAGCACCAGCUGCCUACAGCAGGGCACCCCUUAUUGACUACGUUGUAGGCAAGGUUUGGGGUCGUUCCUGUGUAGAGGCAGACGGCCCCAUGGCUCUGAUAACUUCUUCUUUUUUUUAUCCCUGUACAUGCUAUUGUUUUGCUUCAUUUUUAAACGUAUUAUUGUUUCUCCAUAUGGUUCUCGGUGCAGUGGGACCAAGUUGUUUGUUUGUUUUCCAUUUAGAUAGUGCGCUCCUAGCGUGAUUGCCGGCGGGGCGACGGAAUCGAUAGCUGAAGGUGUCCCCUUUUCUCCUUUACUACCCUACACUAUCCACUGGUUUGUCUGUGUUCAUGUUUUUUUUACGCAAAGUCUGGCAAAUCCGACACAAGAUCCAUAAUUACACAUCUCACAUUCAUCUUCCAUCAUCGCCAUGUAUAUAAAUGCGCGUGGACUGAAAGGACUACUUCACCGAAGCGCCGA